ACAAUGUCAUGAUCAUUCACUCAUUUUCACAUACAUUGAUCAACUAAAGUUUCUGAAUACACUCCUUUUUAAAUAGACAUAAAGAAGAUACACCAUAAGAAAAAACCAAGAGAGAGAAACUAAGAGUGAGAAACAUGUAUAGGUUUAGCAACACAGUGAUAGGGUUCUUAAACUUGUUAACACUAUUAGCAUCCAUACCAAUAAUUGGAGCAGGAUUAUGGAUGGCAAGAAGCAGCACAACUUGUGAAAAUUUUCUCCAAACACCCCUUCUUGUAAUAGGUUUUAUUGUACUUGUGAUAUCAUUAGCUGGUUUCAUUGGUGCUUGUUUUCAUGUAGCAUGUGCACUAUGGUUGUAUUUGGUGAUUAUGUUGUUGCUAAUAGCAGCACUAUUGGGUGUAACUGUGUUUGGCUUUGGUGUGACUAGUAAAGGUGGUGGUGUUGAAGUUCCUGGUAGAUCUUAUAGUGAGUAUCAUCUCAUGGAUUAUUCACCAUGGUUGAAGAAAAGAAUAGAAAACCCUAGGUAUUGGAAUACUUUAAGGAAUUGUAUUUUGGGUUCUAAAACUUGUGACAAACUUGCUUCUUGGACUCCUUUGGAUUAUAUGCAGAAUGAUAUGUCUCCAAUACAGUCAGGAUGUUGUAAGCCACCAACAGCUUGCAACUACAACAUGGAAGCAGUGAUGCUGAAUCAAGACUCAGAUUGCUACAAAUGGAACAAUGCACCAACAGUGCUAUGUUAUGAUUGUGAUUCAUGCAAAGCUGGUGUACUUGAAAACUUAAGAAGGAAUUGGCAUAAAUUAUCGGUUCUCAUAGUCUCGAUGCUUGUUCUUCUCAUAGGGAUUUACUCCAUAGGCUGUUGUGCUUUCAGAAAUGCAAGAAGAGCUCAAACGGAUUAUCCGUAUGGCGAAAAUCGAAUGACCAAAGUUCGACCAAGAUGGGAUUAUCAUUGGUGGAGAUGGUUGCAUGACAGGAAAGAACAGCUUUAUUAGCAGAUAAGCUCUACCAUCCAUGGAUUGUGACAUUUUACUUUUUUUUACAGUGUUUUGUUUGUUAUUUCUAGUAUCAGUUUUGUAGUUGGAUGCUUUUUUGUAUAAAACUUGAUUUUGCUUUAUCUCAAUUAUCAUAGUAGACAAUUGCUUUA